AUGACGGUUAAGUCCUUAAAUACAGCUGUAGUGCAAAUAUUUAAAACUGAAGGCUCCGCACAUUCACACUGGAAAAAGAAGCAUACCGGCAUUGUGUGCUUUAUUAAGGACAAUGCUAUACGUUCAUACUUCCUGCGUGCUUAUUGUCUGAUGAAAGAAGAACUGAUUUGGGAACAUAAAAUCUAUGAUGGCAUGAAAAUAAUAAAGGCACGCCCAUUCCUAUUGACUUUCGAAGGACACGAUGGACAUAUUGGCUUAAAUUUUGUGUCGGAAGAUGAAUGCGAUUCAUUUUAUAGAGCAGUAGAUACUAUGAUAGAAAAUAGAAAUCGAAAAAAAUUAGAGAAACGAAGUCGACCAAAAUCACAAAACGCUCCAAACGCUCCACCUGGUGUGGAUAUCUCAUCUAGACAACCCAUGAGCCACACAAUGACUGAUUCAAGUGUACAAUUAAGAAAUCAUCCAAAACUGGGUACCGUUACAAUAACACCAACACCAGCAAUGCCACCACCAAAAAAUUUUCUUACAGCUGGUGUUGGCUUAUCGUCAACUUCUAGCAAAGAUAAAAAACGUAAAGUUACCAAAGCAGACAUUAGCACACCUACAAACUUUAGGCAUGUAACUCAUGUUGGUUGGGAUGCAGAUAAAGGAUUUGAUUAUCAAGGUGGUGGCAAUGAUGAAAUGCUUAAAACCUUUUUUGCAAAGGCUGGUGUUUCUGAAAGUGAAUUGGAAGAUCGUGCAACACGUCAAUUUAUUUAUGAUUUCGUAGAAAGCAAUAAUGUGUUAGCUUCUGUUCAAUCGGAACGUUUUGAAGACCCCAAGCCCGUAGCAGCAGUUGCACCACCACCAGUACCAACUCGUCAUCAUCAUAAUCAAAACGGUAAUGCACCAAACCAAAGAACAGCACCGCCGCCACCUCCAGCACGGCAACCACCUCCUCCUGUGCCAACAACUGUACCUGGCUCAGCAAGGCAACCAGCGCCACCAACAAGACCACCACCCAUUAAUAUACCAGCACCACCACCGGCACCACCAACAAUUAGUGCGCCAGCUGUUGCUCCUCCGCCGCCGCCACCACCUCCACCAGCAGCUAUGCCACCACCACCUCCGCCAAUUCCUUCAUUAGUGCCACCUACAAUUACCACAACACAUGCUCCAAAUGAAACAAAAUCAUCGGCUUCUAAUGUACCAGUGGUCAAUGAUACACGAAAUGCUUUAAUGGAGAGCAUAAGAAAAGGCACAACACUUAAAAAAGUGGAUACUUCUGCACUUAGUACUGGUAGCGGUGAUUCACGUAGCGAUCUUAUGUCGGAGAUACGCAUGGGUAUUGAACUUCGACCAGCGCAAAAUCGCGAACUAGGCGUUAAUCGUAGCAGUGAUGAUGGUGCCGGCACAGAUGCAUUAGCUGAUGCGUUGCGACGUGCGUUACAAGAACGAGGACGAGUUAUACAAUCGUCCGAUGAUGAAAGUGCAUCUUCGGGCAAUGAUGACGAAUGGGAUGAUUAAGCCAAAGCAUGAAAAUAAAACAAGCAACUAUUGUCUUCUUCCAUACUUAUUUUAAUUCAUAAAUUAUAUUGCA